CUUGUUUGUAUGUGAUAACGUGACGUCAUCGUUGCUUGAGUUUCAAAGAAAAAAACGAAAAUUUUGAAUGUCUUUUUUGCUGUUGAACAGUUUGUGUGCUAAAUUGAUACUUGGAGAGUAGAAAAAAAUAACCUUUUGUGUUUAGUUUGUGGGUGAACGUGUAACUUAAAAGAUUUAUUUUGUAAAAUCUUAUUUUCGUUUUUUUGUGAAAAGUCUUUUUGAACAAUUCGAGUCUACACAGUCCUAUAGAGCGUCGUCAUGGGUUGCGCUACCACCACCGUAAAACUAUCCUCGGUUGCAUUCAACGUCAUUUUGGCGUUGCUUGGACUCGGUGCCAUUGGGUGGAUUGCUAAUAAUCCUGAUAAUCUGAGUCGAGAAAUGGCUAUAGGGGCUUACGUCGUUUGCUCGCUAAUUGUUCUCUUUUCGUUCCUGGGAUGCUUUGCAGCAAUCAAAGAAUCAGUUUGCCUUACAGCUUUGUGCGCUGUUUUCCUACUUAUAUUGGCUAUAUUGCAAAUUAUAUCCACUUAUUCCGAUAUGGUUGAAUAUAAACGACGCGAUGGAAUAGUUGAUCAAGCAUGGAACCGUAAUGAAAUGGAUGCAUUGCAAACGGACCAUCAGUGCUGUGGCAAGGAUAGUCCACAAGAUUACAUACUCCUAAAUAAAUCAGUUCCAGCUAGCUGCUAUGUCAAUGGAAACACAGCAGAUGAGAAUUAUAUGUACACCGUCGGGUGCAGUGUCAAACUACAAUCCUAUUAUCAACACAACGAUAUUCGAUUUCUCGUUGUAUCCUGGAUACUAAUUGCAUUUGAAAUUUUAGGAUUUUUAUUAGCAGUAUUUUUAGUUAUUAAUUUCCGUAACAAACAAAGGCGAAUGCAAUUUUAAUUUAAGAAUGAUGGACAGCAGCAAAGUACAAGCCAUCUUGUUUGGGAAUUUUAUCAAAAUAAUACUUAAUAACAUACUAUAAAUUUAAAUAUUUAAUAAGUUUUAAAAUUAAUUUAAUUGUGAUUUGCACGAGCUUUAAGUAAAUCACUGUGUAUGUAUGUUACUAUAUUUAUUACUACUAG